AUGGAUCCUAAUCAUUUUCAUUAUCAACAAGCUAUGUUCAAUUUCAUGCAAAAUUAUCAAAAUCAUAAUUCUCAAAAUUCUCAAAUUCCAUCAGUACCACCAAACCCCGCCAUAUUUUUUCCGUCACCAAACAAUCCAAAUAUGUAUCAAAAUCCUAAUCCUCAAAAUUCUCAAGUUCCACCAUUUUCUACUCAAGUUGGUGUUGAAAAAGAAGAAAGGGUUCUCGUUAAAAAAAAAUCUCGAGAGCAAUUUACAAGGGAUGAGGAUAUAUGUCUUAUCCAAUCAUGGCUCAAUGUUUCAAAGGAUCCAAUUGUGGGAGUUGAUCAAAAAGCUGAGAGUUUUUGGUAUAGAAUCGCUGUAAAUUAUAACCAGUAUCGCGGGCAAUUGCGAGAAAAGUUAAGUGGUCAAUUAAAAUGUCGAUGGCAUCGAAUAAAUGCAUCGGUUCAAAAAUUUGUUGGGUGUUAUAGACAAGCUGUCAAUGGAAAGAAAAGUGGGACAUCGGAGAACGAUAUCAUGGUUGCUGCACAUGCUUUUUAUGCUCAAGAUCAAGGUACAACAUUCAAUCUUGAGUAUGCAUGGCGAUUGUUAAAAGAUGAAGCUAAAUGGGGCAUCAUCGGAGAAUCGAUUGGAAAUUCUUCAAAAAUGACACAGACUUCUGCUAGUGGGGCAUCAUCGGAGAUCCCUGAUACACCUUCAAGUUAUGAGUUUAACUCAUCAUCACCAAUGGAGCGUCCAAUGGGACAAAAAUAA